AUGCAGCGCGCGACCGCGCGGAUAACGAGCGCGACGAGGAAAGACGCGCGCGGGCGACGAACGGUGACGCGCGCGAGCGCGCUGGACGACGCGAGCGAAACGCACGACGUCGUGGUGAUCGGAAGCGGGAUCGGUGGGUUGUCGUGCGCCGCGCUGUUGGCGAAGUACGGAUACGAGGUGAAGGUGUUUGAGAGUCACUAUCUCGCGGGCGGGUGCUGUCACAUGUUCGAUCAUCGAGCGCCGGAUGGGGCGUUGUAUAAGUUUGAGGUCGGACCGAGCAUUUGGGAGGGGUUGGAUCGACCGACGGGGAACCCGCUGAGGAUGGUGCUGGACGCGCUCGGGGAGACGGUGCCGGUGAAGACGUACGACGGGAUUUCGAUGUGGACGCCGGAGGGGCACUGGAGGUUUCAAACCGGGGACGAUGACGCCCCGGGUGGGUUCUGCGAUUUGUUGCGCGAGAAGGCGACGGAUCCGGAGUUGGCGAUCAAGGAGUGGAAGGCGCUGAAGGGGCGGUUGGAACCGUUGUACGACGCGCUGGACGCGUGUCCGCUCACGGCGCUUCGCCAGGACGCCGGGUUGUUGGUGUCCACGGUGAUUGCGAUUCCGUUUUACCUCACCCAUCCGAACGUGAUGUUGGAUAUUCCUUAUAUUUUGGACUCAUUUCAUAAGUUAUCGCGACAGUACGUCACCGAACCGUUCUUGAAGCAGUGGAUCGACAUGCUGGCGUUUUUCAGCGGGUUCCCGGCGGAGGGCACGAUGGGGGCGACAAUGAUUUAUAGUAUUCCAGGAUUCCAUCGUCCCGGGGCGUCGUUGUGCGCGCCCGAGGGCGGUACGCAGGCAGUUGUGGAUAAGCUUCAAUACUGCUUGGAAAAGUAUGGUGGUGAAUUGCAGCUCAAGUCGCACGUGGAGGAAAUCAUCGUCGAAGACGGAGAAGCCAAGGGUGUGCGUCUUCGAAACGGUAAAGUCAUCAAGGCGAACGUCGCGGUCGUUUCGAACGCGACUAUCUGGGACACUGUGCCGAUGUUGCCCCAGACAGACGAAUUAAUAGCACAAGGUCUCGACAGGGCGGUGGAGUGGAAGGACGAAAUGUCGGAAAUCCCCGCCCUCGGAAGCAUCAUGCACUUGUUCCUCGGCAUCGACGCCACGGGCUUACCCGAUCUGGAUCCGUCGCAUCUGUGCGUUUUGGACUGGGACCGACCUCUCGGUGAUCCCCAAAACGUCAUCACAAUCUUCAUUCCCACCGUGCUCGAUCCUGAAGUCGCACCCGAAGGUAAGCACAUCAUUCACGUGUACACAGCCGGAAGCGAACCGUACGACAUUUGGGAAGGCAAGGAUCGAGGGAGUCAAGAGUACAAGGAUUUCAAGCGCGAACGCGCUGAAAUCCUGUGGAAUGCCAUCGAACGCAUCAUACCGGACAUUCGUAGCCGCGUCGAAGUUGAAGUGUACGCGUCUCCGCAGACGCAUCAACGGUUCCUCCGACGGCACCGCGGCACGUACGGCCCGGCGCUCCCAGCCGGCGGCAGCCUCUUCGGCUUCUUACCUCUGCCCGAAGUUCCGCAACCGGGCGUAUUAUCCCCUAUCCCCAAGUUAUUACGUUGCGGCGACUCCGUGUUCCCGGGCGUCGGCGUUCCCGCGGUCGCCGCCUCUGGCGCCAUCGCCGCGAGCACGCUCGCCCCGCUCCCCAAGCACCUCGGUCUCAUGUGGGACGUUUCCCAAACUCAAAACACCUUUUGGCGCGAGUGCGGAGGCAAGGAAAAGUGGCUCGCGUCCGCGCCCGCGCCUUUCCGACCCGCCGCGGGCGGCGGCGCCGAAUUCAUGACCCCAGACCAAUACUACAAGCCCAAGCCCGAGGCCGAAAAGUCCUUCGCCGAAAUCGGCAAGCGCGGCGUCGUCGCUCAGUCCCGCGAGCGCGGCGUUGCGGAUCGCGAGUCGCGGUGA